AUGUCAAAUAACGAGCAAGAUGAAACACUAAAAGCACGCAUGUUGGCUAAAAUUCAUGAAGAGUUACCUCGUUAUUUUACACGGCAAAUAAGAAAAAAUGUGCUUAAUAAGAAAGUUACACCAGCAGUAUUACAGAUGCUUCAUUUUGAUUUGACUGGAAAUGCAGCUGUAACUUCGGAUGCAGUUAGUCGUGAGGUGGAAGAGAGAUUACGAUUAAUGUUAGAAUUGGCAGAUCCCAAUAUUAUAUUCGAUUUACGGACAAAUAAUGGAUUUAAAGGAACAAAAUUUGAUACAUUUUGGGAUGAAAUGGAAGCUUAUUUUAAUGAGCAAGUAAUGGAAAGAUUAGAGGCUGUUUAUGGUAAUCCAUUACCUUCCAAUAUUAAUAUUCCAUCAGACGAAUGGAUUCGUCUUCAAUUUUGUCCUACAAAUGCUAUUACAACCCGAGCAAUGUAUUAUACUGGUCGAUUUAAAGUAAAAUUUAAAGUGCAAGGAAGAAUGCUUCAAAAAAGUAGUGAAGACGCACAUUAUUGCGCAGCACUUUUCCGAUAUCUUAGAGAAUUUUGUAUUCGGUACCGUCAAUGGGCUUGCUUAAUUUCUGCGGAUGAUAAACAUAAGAUUCCUAUUGGAGAAGAUGUUGCAGUUUCUACAG